UUUUAAAGAAUUAAAAAGUACAAUCUAUUUAUUAUCAGAAAUUGUCUAUAUCUUAUUUGUAAAAUCUAGAAUAACUUACCUUUAUGAACAUUGAACAUUAUUAAAUGUAAUUUUAUCUUUAUAAAUUUAGGAGAAAACAUGGAUCACUGUUCUGAUCCUCUGCUAUGUGAACCAAAGAGAAUCAAGAAGAGUCAAGAUAGAUGUCCUUGUCUUGCAUCUGAAUAUGCUGCAACUACUGCAAAAAACCUGAAGAUUCAUGUUGAAAGUAAUCAUGAAAGAGUGAGAUAUCCCUGUACUAAAUGUGAUUAUAUUGGAAAUACAACAAAUAACCUGAAGGUUCAUGUUGAAAGUAAACAUGAAGGUGUCAGAUAUCCUUGUCCAAAAUGUGAAUAUGCGGCAACUACAGCAGGUAGCCUGAAGCUUCAUGUUCAAAUGAAGCAUGAAGGAGUGAAAUAUCCAUGUUAUCAUUGUAAUCAUUCCGCGAUUACAGCAGACCAUCUGAAGAUUCAUGUUGAAAAUAAACAUGAAGGAAUAAGGUAUCCUUGCCCUAAAUGUAAAUAUGUGGCGACUACAGCAUUUAACUUGAAGAUUCAUGUUGAAAGUAAACAUGAAGGUGUCAGAUAUCCUUGUCCAAAAUGUGAAUAUGCGGCAACUACAGCAGGUAGCCUGAAGCUUCAUGUUCAAAUUAAGCAUGAAGGAGUGAGAUAUCCAUGUUCUCAUUGUAAUUAUACCGCUACUACAGCAGGCCAUCUGAAGAUUCAUGUUGAAAGUAUUCAUGAAGGAGUGAAAUAUCCAUGUUCUCAAUGUGAGUAUGCCGCAACUACAGCAAGUAGCCUGAAACUUCAUGUCGAAAGUAAACACAAAGGAUUGAGGUAUCCUUGUUCCCAAUGUGAGCAUGCUGCAACUACAGCAAUGGCUCUGAAGAGACAUAUUGAAAGUAAACAUGAAGGAGUAAGAUAUCCUUGUUCUCAAUGUGAUUAUGUUGCAUCUCAAGGAGGUCAUCUGAAGAUUCAUGUUGAAAGUAAACAUGAAGGAGUGAAAUAUGCAUGUUCUCAAUGUGAUUAUGUCGCAACUCUAGUUGGCUCACUAAAGGUUCAUGUUGAAAAUAAACAUAAAGCAGUAAGAUAUUCUUGUCCUAAAUGUAAAUAUGUGGCAACUACAGCAUUUAGCCUGAAGAUUCAUGUUGAAAAUAAACAUUUAGGAAUAAGGUAUCCUUGUCCGAAAUGUGAGUAUGCUGCAACUCAGAAAGGAUAUCUGAAGAAACAUUUGAAAAGUAAACACAAAGAAACAUGUUUUGUGAAUAUACCUGAAGAUAAAAUAAAGCAGGAAAAUACAGAAAUAGAAGGAGAAAACAUGGAUCACUGUUCUGAUCCUCUGCUAUGUGAACCAAAGAGAAUCAAGAAGAGUCAAGAUAGAUGUCCUUGUCUUGCAUCUGAAUAUGCUGCAACUUCUGCAAAAAACCUGAAGAUUCAUGUUGAAAGUAAUCAUGAAAGACCUGAAGUUCAUGUUGAAAGUAAUCACGAAAGAGUGAGAUAUCCCUGUACUAAAUGUGAUUAUAUUGGAAAUGCAACAAAUAACCUGAAGGUUCACGUUGAAAGUAAACAUGAAGGUGUCAGAUAUCCUUGUCCAAAAUGUGAAUAUGCGGCAACUACAGCAGGUAGCCUGAAGCUUCAUGUUCAAAUUAAGCAUGAAGGAGUGAGAUAUCCGUGUUCUCAUUGUAAUUAUACCGCUACUACAGCAGGCCAUCUGAAGAUUCAUGUUCAAAGUAUUCAUGAAGGAGUGAAAUAUCCAUGUUCUCAAUGUGAGUAUGCCGCAACUACAGCAAGUAGCCUGAAACUUUAUGUCGAAAGUAAACACAAAGGAUUUAGAUAUUCUUGUUCCCAAUGUGAGCAUGCUGCAACUACAGCAAUGGCUCUGAAGAGACAUGUUGAAAGUAAGCAUAAAGAAGUAAAAUAUCCUUGUUCUCAAUGUAAGUAUGUUGCAACUGACACAAGUAACCUGAAAAAACAUGUUAAAAAUAAACACGAAGGAGUGAAAUAUCCUUGUUCUCAGUGUGAAUAUGUUGCAACUCAAACCAGUUCACUAAAGGUUCAUUUUCAAAAUAUUCAUAACGCAGUUAGAUAUCCUUGUCCUAAAUGUAAAUAUGUGGCUACUACAGCAUUUAGCCUGAAGAUUCAUGUUGAAAAUAAACAUGAAGGAAUAAGGUAUCCUUGUCCGAAAUGUGAGUAUGCUGCAACUCAGAAAGGAUAUCUGAAGAAACAUUUGAAAAAUAAACACAAAUGAGUAAUAUAUAUCUGUUUUUAUUGGGAAUAUAUACUGCAGCUGAAGCUAUAAAUGUAAAGAAAUGUUUAAAAAUUGUCAUAUUAAUAAUAUCACAUUUACUUAUUAUUCAAGAAUUGUGCUAGGAAUUUCAAGAGAAUUAUUUGAUAAAAGUGAUAAAAAAAUUUAUAUUCUGGUUUGUUUUCUUUUCUAGAAUGGUAAUUAGUUAUUCUGGAAGAAUGUUUUCAAUUCAGAAAUUUUAAUGUCA